AUGGAAGCUCACGAGAAUGAACAAUAUGUUACAUUUCCCCUCUCAGGAGUACAUGAUGGUAUACAAGAUAAUAUUAUAUCUCAUGAAGAGAUAUGUGAACCUGUUGACGAAUGUGUUUUACAAGAAGGACUCACUGAGGUAUCUGUUACAGAUGUUAAUUCUAGUAUUACAGAAGCACAAGUUGCAGUUGAGAUUUUAGCUGAACAUUCCGAUGAGGAAGAUGAAAAUCGUGUAGUAUAUCCUAUAUAUAUUAAACAAGAAGAACAACAGCAAUAUACAUCUGGAGAUGACGAAUCGAUGGCUGUGGAAGCCCUCCGACAACUUGGGGGCAUGUAUCCUUGUUUUGAAGAUAAAAAAGUAUCUUGUCCGCAUUGUGCAAACCUUUUCACACAAACUGAGAUUGCGAAACAUCAUACUACCUGUUCUGCUAAUAAAUUAUCAUGUGUUACUUGUGGAGAAAGAUUUGAAAGAAAGAUAGAUUUAAACAACCACAUAGUUUGUCAUCAAGUAGAUCGCCCACAUGCUUGCAGAACUUGUGGCAACUUAUUUCGUUCAAAAAAUAAUUUAAGGUGCCAUAUGUUGCAAGUACAUCAAGUAGAAAGACCUCACAAGUGCACCAUAUGUGGAGCAGAUUUUCAGAGGCCUUCUAGUUUAUCCAAUCAUAUGAAAAUUCAUACAUAUGUCGCUGGACGUGCCAUUAUGCAGUCACAGGGUAAUAAUGUAUCACAAUCAGAAACAUUCAGAAAAUGGCCUGAAAAUAUGACAGAAUCUCAAAACAAUCAAGUGCCAUCUUCAUCUGUUCAAACAGUUCAAAGUUAUGAGACUGUUCAAUGGACAGUACCAUCUUAUAACUUUCAAAGUGAACAGACAGCAGUUAAUACAAUAUCCAACCCUGAAGAAAAAAUAGAUACUUUACAUGAAUUUACUGUAAUGCCAAAUGGAGAAGUGACACAAUUUGAAUAUACGCAACAAAAUAAUAUAAAUACUCAAGUCAAUCAACAAUACAAUCUUUCAUUAAACUCAUUUAAUAAUGCUGAUACAAUGGUGAAAGUUGAAACUUUACCAUAUAAUGAAGAUAGAAAAAAUUAUAUAGACGUUGAAACAAAUGAUACAAAACAGCAUACUUGCAGACAUUGUGGAAUUAGUUUUUCUCGUGCAACGGCACUAGUGUCCCAUGAAAAAAUUCAUGCAUCUAAGAAUUGGAACAUGCCAAUUGAAUGUGAAUAUUGUGAUAAACAGUUUCAAGAUGGCAAUCAUUUAGCAACACAUCAAACAACUUGUGCAAAGAGACUGAUGCAAAGUAAUGUGGAACAAGGUAUAUCUAAUAAUAAGUGGGGUAAACAUGCAUGUUCUGAAUGUGGUAAAAAAUUUACAACCAAACAAAAAAUGUUUAGACAUCAGUGGAUUCAUAGAAAGAAAACACAUUCUUGUGAAGUAUGUGGAUCCCAAUUUGAAAAACAAAAUCAAUUGGAUGAACAUAGAUUAUCAGCACAUCCUGGUGACUCUCCAUUUACUUGUACAGAAUGUGGUAAAAGUUUUGUAUCACGUCAAGGGCUCUGGGAACAUGGUAGAACACAUGCUGGGAGUCCUGCGCAUUUUCAUUGUGAUACAUGUUCCAAAACAUUUUCAUCGAGACAAGGAUACUUAAUACACCAUAGGACUCAUACUGGGGAAAGACCAUAUGGUUGCAAGUUUUGUUGGAAAGCAUUUAGAGAUGGUGGGACAUUAAGAAAACAUGAACGUAUUCACACAGGAGAAAGACCUCAUGUUUGUCCUUUAUGUUCAAGAGCAUUUAAUCAAAAAGUUGUUUUAAGAGAACAUGUUCGAUGGGUUCAUGCAGCAGGAAAAAACGAAACUGAAGUAACUGGACCUCCUUUCUCAUGUCCUAUAUGUGGUGCUUUAAAUCAAGAUCGGGAUGAACUAUGUGCGCAUAUUGUUAAACAUUCAGACCAAAUGAUUGCAGAAGCAAAAGCUAAAACAAACAAUAAUGCUCCAAAAACCAAAUCAGUUAAGAAAAAAUCAAAAGCCUCUGCAAGUACAAGUUUACAAGAAAAACAAGGCACUGGAAGUCGUAUAAUUACUAAAUCAGAGGAAAAUGAAGCACUUUUAUCUAUUACAGAAACAGAUAAAUCAGAUGACCAACAAAUUUUAAGUGAUAAACAAAAUAAUACUUUUCUUGUUGUUACUACAGAAAAACGUAAUGAAAAUUAUAUUUCAAUAUCUGAACUUAAAACUGAGGAUGUACAAUUAUUAGUUGAUGAGAAACAUGAAGUAGAAGAUAUGCAUAUUUCACAAACUAAUCAUAACCAUAGAGAAUCUUUAAAUACAAGUCAUAUAGUUUCUACAGAGCAAGAAAGAAGUGCACUUCACACAAGCAGUCAUAAUGAAAUAACUACAAUGCAUUUAAUACAAACUUCAAAGCAAGCAAAUACUUUACAUUUAAUAUCAAAACAAAAUGAAUCAUUACCCGUUCUAACAUUACCAAAUUCUCAAAGCCAUGAAAACUUUCCCAGUCAAAUUGCACAAAUAAGUAAUAAUGACUUACCUAUGAACAUGGUAACUCACCAUUCAACUAGACAAAGUCAAGAUAUCAAAGCUGAAGUUGUAGAGGAAUCAUUAAUACAAGAAGGAGGAUCGCAAACGGCUGUAAUACAGAUUGUACAAUAUCAUCAACAAGACAGUGAUGAUGGAGAGGAAUUAGUUUGUGGUAUUUGUGGAGAAGAUUUUAAUGACAAAAAUGUAUUAAUGGAACAUGUUAAAAUUCACAUAUAA